CGUUGAAAAGAGCUGUAAAUAAGUGUACUGACUGUGCAGUUUGCCAGAUCUCACAGUAAUGUUACUCCAUUAGCCCGAUAAGCAAACGUUUAGAGCGGUCGAAUGUAUACCAUGAUUAGGUAGCUAGAUGUUGCAGAGCUCGCUGAUGCAGAGCUACAGUUUAGUGGUAGAACGAAGUUUUGUUUCAGGGGCCGCUUAAACAGUCCGUGAAAUUUGGACCAGUUUGACAAGCAACUGCUGAUACUGACCGGACUGGAAGCAUUUGUUUUGACCUCAUCAGGCAUCGUUCUCCACGACGGUCUAACGAAGGCUCCUCGUAUAACGUAAAAGAAGAUAAACAUGAGUUUUCUAUUGUGAGUAUUCGUCUCCCGCGUAUUAUUUUGAUUUGCUUGUUCAAUGUGCCUGCCUUUUCAAGUGAACGCGUUACCAUUUCCACCGUUGUUGGCUAUGUUAACGUUAGCUAGUUAAGCUAACACAUAUAGCUAACUAGGUUAAGUUAGUUAGUUGGCUAACAACAUGUAAACCCAGGCUAGCUAGCUGAGUGUCUGCAGUGAGUAACUAGCUAAGCUGUUGGUUGGUUAGGUAACUAGCGCUAGGUCUAUAACGUUAGCUGAGCGCUGCCUUGUAUAAAAUACUAACUUACAAUUUCUAGAUAGCUAGUUAGUCUAGCUAGCCAACGUUAGCUAUUAUAAAUAUUAUCUAUUGCUAGCUAACUAGCUAGCUACCCAAAUGUGCUAUGACUCUCUGUGGUGUAGCUAAAGCAUUAGCAAUUUUGUGGCAUUAAUUUAACUACCAAGAUGCAAGUAAAUAGGCCUUAGUUAUUAGCUGCCCAUGUCUAUCUAGCUUGUUAAAAAGAUAAGUCGUUUUACGUUCUGAGUUUUUUGUCUCUUUUCCUGUUGACAUAACGUUGUUAAACAAACACUGGAAUUAAAAUCUUAGCUAGCUAAGUUGUUAGCUCAAUUGCUAGUUAGCUGACCGUAUCAAAGAGAGCACUUUGACUGCUAUAUAUUCAGAGGGUGUGAGGUCAGCUUUUGUUAUUGUUGAAAUCAGAUUAUAUGCUAUUUUCUAUUCCAUAACAAUUUCCUUCAAUCAAAUAAAUGAGUAGCCUACUGUAUCACUCACUACUUCACUUCCUUAUUUCCCUUUCUGAGACACACACACACACUUGAUCCAACUCAUUGUCUUUCCAUUCUAAUUUCUCCCACAGUGGCAAUCGGUCGUCCAAGACCUUCAAGCCCAAGAAGAACAUCCCAGAGGGAUCUCACCAGUAUGAGCUGUUGAAACAUGCAGAGGCUACACUGGGCAGUGGGAACUUACGCAUGGCUGUCAUGCUGCCUGAUGGGGAAGACUUGAACGAGUGGGUGGCUGUCAACAGUAAGGAACAAGUCUACUUCUCUAUCCAAUAAACACCACUAACAUAGUAGGCCUAAAAAACAACUUUGACUGUUAAACAGAGCUCAUCGUCCACUCCUGUGGGUGCUUUGUUUGCUGUCUCUGGUCUUCCACCAAGACCAAUGACUCGUCCGGCGGAUGUCUCGCAUCCUCUGGCACACACAAACACAUUCUCUCUUACACACACACAGACACACACACACACACACACACAGAUGACCUCUGUCACUCAGUGGACCGACUGUUUAGGUUUCUGCUGUGAGAUUUGCAAAUAAAGAACCAGGCUACGCUAACAUCAUUAAGCCAGAGCUCAGUCUGUGAAAAAGUAUUUCUGAGUUGUUGUUCCUCAUAUUUCAAUUUAGAAUGGGAGGAUGGUUUGACAGGUGGAACUUUCAGAACAUUGCUAAUUUACUGACCUCAGUGUGUAUUAGAUUACAUUAUUUGUUUUCAUGUGUGUUUGAGAGAGGAAUGCAUGGGCGUCUAGCUAUUUGUGGACCCUGAGCAAGAUUUAAUUUGCAGUACACUGCGUAUAGGGAGAGGUGACUGGAGGGGUGGAGGAAUGUGAGAGUGCCUUUGUGCCCCUUAUGUCAGUUAACACACUAAUUAGAUCGGAGAUCACACACUAGCACUUUUAUUUCCUUCAAUAUGAAUGUUGUCUGUAGGAUAUAAAAUGCUCUGAAGCUCAGCUAACAUGUCUUUCAUGAUGCCACAUGUCCUUGUUAUUUUAUUUAUUUCCACAGCUGUAGAUUUCUUCAACCAAAUCAACAUGCUCUAUGGUACCAUAACAGACUUCUGCACUGAAGAGAGCUGUCCUGUCAUGUCUGCUGGGCCCAAGUAAGUGUGGGUGUGGUUGUGUAGGUACGUGCAUGUGCUUGCUUGCCUUUUUUUUCAUGUGUCAUAAUGAUAAUUAACAUUCGUGAAACUUCUCUUCUGUAGAUAUGAGUAUCAUUGGGCAGAUGGAACCAACAUCAAAAAGCCGAUAAAAUGUUCAGCUCCCAAGUACAUUGAUUACCUAAUGACCUGGGUGCAGGACCAGCUCGAUGACGAGACACUCUUCCCAUCUAAGAUAGGUAUGAGUUCAUGUCUGUCAUGUUUUGCCAUAACCAUGUCUUUCACAUUGCACCAUAACUUAUCAGAAGAUCUUUUAUACCCCAUCUCUGUUUAAUAUGUAUAGUUUGUACCCUUGACUUUGCCCUCAAGGUGUCCCGUUCAAGCGGAACUUCAUGUCGGUGGCUAAGACCAUCCUGAAGCGCCUGUUCAGGGUCUACGCCCACAUCUACCACCAGCACUUUGACUCUGUGAUGCAGCUGCAGGAGGAGGCCCACCUCAACACCUCCUUCAAACACUUCAUAUUCUUCGUUCAGGUACUGGACUGGAGCCCACUAUCAAUGUAGCCUGGUUCCCAAGUCUAUUAUUUCAGUACUGGAACCCACCUUCAUGAACGUCACAGGAAUUACUAGGCCUCUCAUUUCUUGGUAAUUGCAGUGGUGGAAAAAGUACCCUAUUGUCAUACUUGAGUAAAAGUAAAGAUACCUUAAUAGAAAAUAGUAAAAGUGAAAGUCAGCCAGUAAAAUACUACUUCAGUAAAAGUAUUUGGUUUUAAAUAAUACUUAAGUAUCAACAGUAAAUGUAAUUGCUAAAAUGUACUUAAGUAUCCUCUGUAGCUCAAUUGGUAGAGCAUGGCGCUUGUAACGCCAGGGUAGUGGGUUCGAUCCCCGGGACCACCCAUACGUAAAAAUGUAUGCAUGCAUGACUGUAAGUCACUUUGGAUAAAAGCGUCUGCUAAAUGGCAUAUUUUAUUAUUAUUAUAUCAAAAGUAAAAGUACAAGUAUAAAUCAUUUCAAAUUCCUUAUAUUAAGCAAAGCAGACGGCCACAUUUUCAAGUUUAUUUUUAUGGAUAGCCACGGGCACACCAACUCUCAGACAUAAUUUACAAACAAAGUAUGUGUUUAGUGAGUCCGCCACAUCAGAGGCAGUAGGGAUGACCAGGGAUGUUCUCUUGAUAAAUGUGUGAAUUAGACAAUUUUCCAAAUGUAACGAGUACUUUUGGGUGUCAGGGAAAAUGUAUGGAGGAAAAAGUACAUCAUUUUCUUUAGGAAUGUAGUGAAGUAAAAGUUGUCCAAAAUAUUAAUAGUACAGUACAAAUACCCCAAAAAACUACUUAAGUAGUACUUUAAAGCAUUUUUACAUAAAUACUUUACGCCACUGGGUAAUUGUAUAGUGCUGGCAAGGUUACGUUAAAAGAUAAAGAUGGAAAUACCUGGUUCCCAGUCUAGCAUAUCUGUUUUAGCUAGAUAUGAUGUUGAAUCAAACAAAGUUGGAACCAGGUUAUCCUCAGAGUAUGCGACAAAGAACUGGAGGCCAUGACCCUUUGAGUAGGACUGAGACAUAAAGAUAAUAACAAUUGAUUGGGUUUAUAUAACGCUUUUCCAGAUGCUCAAAGUGCUUUGCAAUGUAAAGGGAAACUCACCUUAUCCACCACCAAUCUGUAGCAAUCGCCUGCUUUAACCCAAGUCUUCUCUUUUUGUAUUUUUAAGGAGUUUAACUUGAUUGACAGGAAAGAGCUGGUCCCACUACAGGAGUUGAUUGAGAAGCUGACCACCAAGGACAGAUAAACCCAGGCUGACUGAUCCUUUAAAACUGUGAUGGGCUACUAUUAUUUUUGCACAGAUACCCCUUCUGCCCUAUAUGUAUACAGCAUAUGCUAACUUUGGGGACAUGUUCUCUAGAAAGCCAGGUAAGUACGGAAGAGUCUUGCACUGUUAUGGGCACUAUACUACUGCCUGAGCCGGUAUGUGCUCUAUAGUUGGAUGUGCUCUAUGGUUGCAAUUUGGACGUAUCCCUAAAACUGAAAUCACUAUGUAUUGGCGUCCUCUGUUUGUAUAUUUAUAUGAUUAACAUUUGUCAUCUGCUCAUAUUGAAAUCUACCACUACAGAUUGCACAUUUAAACAGAGGGUAUGUAGGAAAGUUCAAGGGACUACAUAACUAUUUGAGCAUAUUGGUCACAUUGUGAUUUGCCUCAAAACAUAUGGUCAUUUUGUAAAAGUCUGUUUUCAACAAUAUAAUACUGGGAAUCCAGUAAAUUGCCAAAGCUUUAUUUGAUGGGCCACAUACAGUAUACAAGUAAAAUAUUGUGUUUGAGGUCACAAGUUUCUCAUGUUCUCCCCAUAGAAUGUUCUGGCUAAUAAGCCACCGAGUGAAAUAUAACAGCACAUUCAGUGCUAUCUGUUUCAAUAGUGUGAUGAUUCCCUAUGCCUUUGUAAGGUCUGAGUAAUGUAUUGCUGUGCUGCAGACUGCUGAGGGAUGGAAUCCAAAAUGAAAAUGUUUACUAUGCAAGAAGACAUGCCACUCUUCAAAGUUUCAAUGAUUACUAUUUUCCAUUCAUACAGAUGGGAAUAAAUGCUUUUCUUUCUGUGUGUUAUUCAGAGUUAGUGGUGUUACUUUAAAGUGGUAGAUGUUGGGACUGAGACACGUUGCUAUUGGAUGACUUAAAUAUAGACCGACUACAGUAUGCAGUAAGACAUGAAAGCAAUUGAAUACGUUGUUUAAAUGCCAUUUUAUCUUGCUAUCUUUUCAGGAAGAUUUGAUAUGAAGAUGUAACUAACUUCUGUUCAGAAAUCCACACUGUAAAUAGCACAUUUCUGGCCUUAUUGUUGUAUGAUAUCAUAUUUUGGUAGCCGGCAUGGACUGGUAGUUGUAGGUCUAAAUAAUUUAGAAUGUUAUUAGGUCUCUUUUAGAGGUUGUUCCUUCUCCCCUUUUCACCAUGUCAUAGUCCCUUCUUCCUUAUAUCAUUGCGUUAUUUUAUAACUUUAGAAAAUUAACAUGAAUGUGAUUGUGUUGAUCAGAAGCUGGUAAAGCAACAAAGCCAUCUGCCAUGCUUCACUGAGAACAUCGCAGCAGAAUUUGAUCCCCUGUCUAUACACUUCCUUCAGAAAGUAUUCAUACACCUUGACUUAUUCCACAUUUUGUU